AUAAAGAUGUGGUUGCAAUUUGCAAGGUUUCUUGUGAAUUGGGACCAAAUUGGGUCUUCUUUCUAUCUUCUACCUCUGUUACAUUAGGUUUUCACUUCUCCCUCGGAGCUACGAAUAUCGCAAACCCUUCAUAGAUUUUCGUUCGUACAACUCGCGAAUUCGAAAGACAUCGACAGCUCCGCGUGAAACGUUCUCUUCUUGUCUGGUUUCCAAUGUUGGCUACUAGUGCAGUUGCAUCUUUGCCCAAAUUACCACCAGUGAGAAGAGUUGGCCACCGCAUUGAAGAGAAUGCCAUUACCACAUCUAGCAUACCAAGAGGAUUACAGACUAUUAAUAAUUCAAUAUCUCAGAAUUGUACACGGUUUCCAUUUGGCCCAAGAACUCAUUCUACUCAGACUGCAACUAUAAUAUGUGCUGCAGCUUUGAAUGCAAGAUGUGGUGCAGAGCAAACUCAAACUGUUACUCGUGAGGCUCCUACAAUCACCCAUGUUCCUGGCAAGGAGAAGUCACCACAACUCGAUGACGGUGGAACUGGAUUUCCCCCUCGUGAUGAUGAUGAUGGUGGCGGUGGAGGGGGUGGAGGUGGAGGCAACUGGUCUGGUGGAUUCUUCUUUUUUGGGUUUCUAGCUUUUCUUGGCUUCAUAAAGGAUAAGGAAAGCGAAGACACAUACAGGGAUAACAGAAGAAGGUGAAGAAUUGGCCACGCCAAAUGCCUGCUUUGCUUGAAGUUUUUGGCUACUGUAUUCUUUAAUUUCCUUUUUCUCAUAUAUGCAUACCAUAUAUUGCAUUGGUUAACUUGGGGUACUAUGGUUCAGUAAGAUGGUGCAUACACGCAGAAUUUUGUAUUAUUACUUUACAAAUUAUAGUCCCUUUGACACUUUAGUAUGGAAGGAAAUGUAGUAAUAAUCAAUAUCAAGUAACAUUAGUUUCUUGUUAAUCUUGGUAUAACUAUAGUAGUAAUGCAUUUUCACUUGUGUUGCAAAUUAGCAUGAUACUUAGAUGGAGUUCUCAUUUGUUU